AUGGCUCAGAUCGAUAUCAAGCCUUCGUCAUGGAAGCUCGUGGAGGUGGGCCGUGUUCUGCUCAUCAGAAAUGGCCCUUACACGGGAAAACUGGCAGUUAUCGCCGAAAUUAUCGACCACAAGCGCGUCUUAGUUGAUGGUCCUUCGGGUCAAGAGAACAAAGUUGUUCCACGCCACGCUCUCCCUCUCGCACAAGUUACUUUGACACCAUUUACUAUCCCCAAACUUCCCCGCGCUGCUGGCACAGGACCCAUCAAGAAAUUGUGGGAGAAGGCUGAGAUCGACGAGAAGUGGGCGCAGAGCGGUUAUGCGAAGAAGAGGGAGCAACAAGAGCGGAGACGCAACCUCACCGAUUUUGAACGUUUUAAGGUCAUGAGACUGAAGAAACAGCAAUCUACUCGUGGUAUUGGCGACUUGAUUGGCUAA